AUGUGGCUCUUCAGAGGCACGAGACCGGCUAAUCCUACUCCUUUAAGAGGGCCGUCAGUGGUUGCAACUGCUGAUGGUGGAACACCGAACGUGCAAGUCGUCUCCAACAUGUUUAAUGAAUCGCCAGACAAACCAGGAGUCAUUAAUUGGAUCCGGAGUCUGAUGGGUCGUCAUGGGCGACAGCGGCGGCAGAAAGUGACCGAUCCGGGAGGAGAAAUGCAAAUGAUGCUGAUCAAGAAGGACCGGGCCAAUUCCGGAGAUGUUUGCCUGCUUGCCGAGAGCCCCUUCAGAAUACUUAGGGCUGCUGAGAGCGGUAAUGUGGAGGAUUUCAAACGGCUCUACAUGAGCGAGCCAUCUCGCCUCAACGUGAAGGACGCGAGAGGCCGAACGCCCGCCCACCAGGCAGCCGCCAGGAACAACACCAAUAUUCUACUCUUCAUCAGCUCUUACUCUGGAGAUCUGAACGCCGUAGAUCUUUUAGGCAACACACCACUCCACCUUGCUGUUGAGAACGAUGCUCUAGACGCGAUUGAAUUUCUUUUACAACAGCAUGUAAACACAAGCGUAUUGAAUGAGAAGAAUCAAGCGCCUAUACAUUUGGCAACUGAAUUAAAUAAGGUUCCCGUGCUUCAAGUUUUCGCUAAAUACAAGACGCAGUUUAAUGUUGAUCUUGGCGGCGAGCACGGUCGAACUGCUUUACAUUUUGCAGCCAUACACGACCAUGAUGUAUGCGCUCAAAUUUUGAUAUCGGACUUAAACGCUGAAUGCAAGCGUCCAUGCAAUAACGGCUACUAUCCCAUCCAUGAAGCGGCUAAGAACGCCUCGUCCAGAACCAUGGAGGUGUUCCUACAGUGGGCUGAGUCUAAGGGCUGCUCGCGUGAACAGAUGCUGUCUCUUUACGACAACGAAGGGAAUGUUCCUCUACAUUCAGCAGUACACGGUGGCGACAUAAAGGCAGUGGAAUUGUGCCUUAAAUCUGGAGCGAAGAUUUCAACACAGCAGCAUGACUAUUCUACUCCCGUACAUCUUGCUUGUGCUCAGGGUGCUCUCGAAAUCGUGAAGUUGAUGUUCACAAUGCAACCAACAGAGAAGAUGGCAUGCCUCAACUCAUGCGACGUUCAGCAAAUGACACCGAUACAUUGCGCGGCCAUGUUCGAUCACCCUGAUAUUGUCAGCUACCUCGUCUCGGAAGGUUCAGACAUCAAUCCUCUGGAUAAAGAGAGGCGUUCUCCUCUCCUUCUAGCUGCUUCUAGAGGAGGUUGGAGGACUGUGCAUAUGUUGAUACGACUCGGGGCGAAUCUUGAAUUAAGAGACAUCAACAUGAGAAAUGUUUUACAUCUUGUUGUUAUGAAUGGCGGCCGACUUGAAGACUUUGCUAAUCACUGCAAAAGUCGUUCUGAGGAGAGUUUGAACCAACUUCUGAAUGAGAAAGACAGAACAGGAUGCUCACCACUUCAUUAUGCCAGUCGUGAAGGUCAUAUCCGGUCUCUGCAGAAUUUAAUCAUUCUUGGUGCAUGCAUCAACCUUAAAAACAACAAUAAUGAGAGCCCACUACACUUCGCUGCUAGGUACGGCCGCUAUCACACAGUUAGCCAACUCCUCGACUCCGACAAGGGUACGUUUAUAAUAAACGAAAGUGACGGUGAAGGUCUAACGCCGCUUCACAUCGCGUCGCGUGAAGGACAUACGAGGGUAGUUCAUCUUUUGCUCAAUAGAGGGGCGCUUCUACAUCGCGACCACAAUGGACGCAAUCCGCUCCAUCUAGCGGCAAUGUGCGGAUACACGCAGACCAUAGAGUUACUACAUUCGGUUCACUCGCACCUAUUAGACCAAAUGGACAAAGAUGGCAAUACCCCACUACAUCUAGCGACUAUGGAGAACAGACCGAACUCUAUCGCCCUUCUUCUGUCUAUGGGCUGUCGUUUGUGUUAUAACGCACUAGAUAUGAGUGCUAUCGACUAUGCAAUUUACUAUAAAUUCCCGGAAGCGGCCCUCGCUAUGGUAACGCAUGCGGAAAGAGCCCAAGAAGUAAUGGCCCUAAGAUCAGACCGCCACCCAUGCGUGACUUUGGCACUUAUUGCGUACAUGCCACGGGUUUUCGAAGCCGUUCAGGAUAAGUGCAUUACAAAGGCCAAUUGCAAAAAGGAUUCAAAGAGUUUCUAUGUAAGUACACGCUACGGGACUGGCUACUAUAUAAAGUACAACUUCUCUACACUGUGCCCGCCAGUUGUCAAUGACGAUGGCAAUAAUGUUGUAAAUUCACCAUUACCAGCCAUGAACGCAAUGGUUGCUCAUGGGCGUGUUGAGUUACUCGCUCAUCCUCUCAGCCAAAAAUAUCUGCAAAUGAAAUGGAAUUCUUAUGGAAAAUACUUUCACUUGACAAAUCUACUUUUCUACUGCAUUUUCUUGGUCUUCGUCACGCUUUAUGGCUAUCUAUUGAUGGGUAACGCGACGGAGUUUGAACAAACGUCUAACAUCCCGCCACAGACUAAUGUAACAAAUAAUUCUGGAAGCGCAGUUGUGCCAACGAACAACACCCUCAAGGCAUCCAGUAAAAUUGUCAUUUUCCCCUUUACCAUAGCCCUAGAAACCAUGGUUGCGCUUUACACUAGUGCGAUAGCCAUAUUGUCCUAUAACUGUUUCUGUCUCAUACGAGAACUGUAUAAUAUAAAACAGCAGAAGUGGCACUAUCUAACUGAUCCUUCCAACUUUGUAUCCUGGAUUCUAUACGCUAGCUCAACUAUAAUGGUUUUGCCGUCUUCGUUUCCGUCGUUCUCUGAAAAUUUACAAUACUCAGCCGCAUCAAUAACGAUGUUUUUGUCCUGGUUUGAAUUGCUGCUUCUCCUGCAGCGAUUCGACCAAAUCGGGAUAUACGUAGUAAUGUUCUUAGAGAUCUUGCAAACACUUAUAAAAGUUCUCAUGGUAUUUUCGAUCCUCAUAAUUGCAUUCGGACUAUCGUUCUACGUACUGCUGUCAAAAGUUGGUUAUACUCCUACGGGUCACCACCUUUCCUUUCACAGCAUACCUAUGGCUCUGAUGCGAACAUUUGCUAUGAUGCUAGGAGAAAUCGAUUUUGUUGGAACAUAUAUUCACCCAUACUAUAAAUCUGAGACAGAUGUGUUUUUACCUUUCCCAUUGAUGACUUUCUUCAUCCUCGGUCUGUUUAUGGUCUUCAUGCCGAUUCUCUUAAUGAACUUGCUCAUUGGUUUGGCUGUUGGGGAUAUUGAGAGUGUUAGACGAAAUGCACAGCUGAAACGUCUUGCGAUGCAGGUUGUCCUACACACGGAAUUGGAAAGGAAACUUCCCGCAUUCAUUCUGGAAAAGGUCGACAAGAACGAAGUUAUUGAAUAUCCUAAUACUAAUCACAGUAAACUUGGUUUUAUUGAUACACUUCUGCGCAAAUGGUUCAGCCAUCCAUUUUCAGAAGACGCAAGCCUUGAUAUUGUUCUCGAAAGUAGCGAAGACUAUAUGGCGGCACAGCUAGAGAAACAAAAGCAUAGGCUACGUGAAAUAAACAAUUUGCUUGAGAAACAGCAGAAUCUUCUCAGACUUAUAGUACAGAAAAUGGAGAUUAAGACAGAAGCAGAUGACGUGGACGAAGGCGUAACUCCAGCUGAAAGUCGCUAUGCACCCAGAUGGAACUCACCUCGGAUUCGCAAGAAGUUGCGCCAUGGAUCAUCUUUUAAUAAAAGCAUCUAA